AUACAGGAUCUCCUCUAUGAUACAGAUCAGCUGUCAUGCACAAUGAAUAUUGCAAUGUUUGUUAUGUAACUAGUGCAACAACAACGUACAGUAAGCAAAUGAGUCACACCUAAUGACUUCAUGUAAAGUACACUGUUUCUACGUCUAGGUAGCAGAGGGUGUGGGGCAGAGGCCACAGGAGGAAGCUGCACGUAGUCCUCUAACAACAAUAUCACAAGUGACCAGAGCCAAGAAAUGGCAAAUAGUGAAAAUACAGUUGACACCAUAGAGGAACCUGUCGAGGAAGACAAUGAAGCCGCCAUGGAGGAAGUUGCUUCAUGUAAUGAGCAACGUGAAAUGUCAGACCACAUAGGAGAAGAAUCUGAGGGUACAAUAUGCCAAUUUUUUCUCCUUGGACGCUGCAGAUUUGGGGACAAAUGUAGGAACACCCAUACAGGCUUAUCUGAACAACAACAAUUAAACAAGGAUAAAACAGGCACUGUUAAACAUGUACCUGAACCAAAGGGUAAAAAGCCUCCAAUGAAAACAGCCACUGAUGUCAUUUCCAGACUUCAGUGGGACACAAACUUGCCAAAGGAAAGCUUUACAGUUGGUUACCUCGAUAGGUUUUUGGGAACAAUUGAAAAACCAUUCUCUGCCUUUUCUUGGGAAGAUUUGGCUUCAGUUGGAGUAGAUGUACUUGCCAUACCAAAGCAUCGUAUUCAGUACUUCAAAUAUCAUGAAUUGGUGGUGUGGGACAAGGCUAGCCGCACAGACAAUGUCUUUGGAUCAUCAGGAAGUGGUCUGACAAUCCUAGAUAUAAUCCAUCAGUACGAGACUUUGAGGCAAACAGUAAGGGAGAAGACUGAAGACAGCUGUGAACAGGCAAAUUCAGAUAUGUUGGUAAAUGAAGAUGGAGAGUAUGAGGAUAAUAACUGUAGUAAUUAUUCGAAAGAGCGGGAAACUAAAAAAUUGAGGCCUACACACUUUAUAGCAGUCCGUGUUAGCAGUGAAGAGGUCAGACAUUCUGUGAAAGAAAUACAAAGUGUUCUCCAGAAACAUAACCCAGCUAUGACAGAAUAUUGUACCCCAGUGCCAGAACUUCACUUAUCAUUGUGUCUUUUGCACUUGGAGUCUUCAGAUGACAUGGAAAUCGCUCACACAGUCCUUCAAGAAGUGAAGAAUGAAGUCCAACGUAUUCUUCCGCCCAGUGUCAUCCUAAGCUUUGCUGGGCUGAGAGAUUUUCAUUCUCGUGUGCUCUAUUUGGAACCCUUGCCUAUACCAGGGUUACCGAGUUUUGUACGCACACUAAGUCAAAGCUUCCGCAGCAAAGGCUUGAUAGUAAUAGAUCCACCACAGUCCAACAGCUUCCAUUUGACUGUAGCAAAAGUCCCUAGAAAUGUAGCUAGUAAAAAUACCAGCCUUCUUUUCUUACCAGAGUUGUACAAUAAUAUCCAAGUUGAACACUUUGGGGCACAACCAGUUGACAGCCUUAGCUUCUGUUAUGCUGGAAGCUCAAGGCGUACUGAUGGAUUCUAUACAACGCUUCUAGAAUUACCUCUGUACUAAUUUAUUAGAAUAUGAUUACACUAUAAUGCAGAAGAAAUGAUGGUGGAACAUUCAUGAAAAUGUGUGUACAAGUAAUUGGAAUAGUUAAUGUAACAAACAGCAACCAAAUUAGACAUUUCCCCAAAUAUCUAAUUGAAUGCAAUGAAUUCCCUGUGCACUAAUUUUUUUAUAUACUGUAUGUUUGUACUCUAUAUGUUGUCACUUUAGUGCAUGAUUUUAUAAGUAAUUAUAUUUCUGUAAAAAUUUGUG